AUGGAAGAUGGUUUCAAUGCGAACUUUUCGGUAGUCGACGACCCUACGGAGAGCCUGGAUUAUGAAGGAAGACCGCCGCCCCCGCAGCAGCCCCAGCGACCGCAGCAGCAGCAAGUUGAGCACGAAUUGGGGGGUGGAGCUAGGCACACGGACGAUCAGCAGCAGAAGGACGAAAUCAGCGACCAGGGCAGUGAAGGACCGUCUGCCGUUUGGGGAAUCAAUAAUUUUUCAGCCAUACUGCGGGACUGUCCGCCCAUGGACAGUGACGAGAUCUGCAACUUGGACCUGAGCAACGACGUGGACCUGAUAAACCUGGACGGCGUGUUCGGCUGGAAUGACGAGGUGACUUCGCCGUCGUCGCUGCCGCCCGUUGACUUGGGCACGAGGACCCGCCCGUCCGUCGUGCUAGGUCCGCGUCAACAAUUUUUGGCCGCAUCGAUGAGGUACUUCAUGCGCGUUGUGGGAAGCGCGAAGAAGCAGUUGAAGGGUUGCAAAGACACGCGCCAGCAGAUGUUGCUGGAGUUAAUCGGUUCAAACUUGCAGUUGGCCGGACUGCAUGACGCACCGAAGGGCAUAGACCCUGUGUUCGUCGCCAACGUCGAGGCCCUCGUUUAUACACUCGUUGGACAUGCGGCAGAGAGCGCUUGCAAGUACGCCAAACACUCUGGCAGGCACAGGGCGAGUAUAAACGACGUUUUCUCCGCGCUCAGAUAUCAAGUGAGGCGUUUCUUGCACUACGACGCUCUGGAAAGGGACGUCAGGAGAACGGCCGAGAUAUUGGACGCUCUAGCCCAGGAAGACCCAGAAGACACAGCGGAAUCGGAUGCAGAGUCCGCAAAGUCCGAAGAGUCCGAACAUGGCGGCCUGCAUGAGGCGUGCCGUUGUGACUUUUGCGGUGCCGUGGAAGCGACAAACGAAAGCUGGAACGCGUGGCAACCGAACGAUCCCGCUGAGGCCUUUCACAAGCGCAAGGUUGACGAGACGGUCGCUCGUUUCGCGACCAUUUGA